GUUUAACGGGCUCGGUGAAAAAAAUAGUCCGGCCCAGUGCCAGCCCAUUGCCCAAUUCCCGUUCGGCAAGUCGCAAGGUCGCAGAGACGCUCAGCGGCUCAGACGCCCGUAGCUCCGCACCGCCUCACGCCGCCGCAGUCCCACCCGCCUCCCGUCGCCUCUGUCUAGUUGUCUGCAGUUCUGGCUGACUUUUUCUAAUCGCCCCAGCAGAUUUAGCCGCGGUGCAUAAAUAGGGGCCUGUAACCCCCAAGCUAAGGACUGCAUCAGCUGAACUUUCUGGGCCUUUUGAGUACAUACCUAAAGUCAAAGGUCCAUUUUUGUCCGCAUGCGCAUGCUGUUCUGGUUUGAUAAUUUGAGUUUGUAUUCAGAAACUUAAAUUAUUGCUGCUCUAUUUAAACUGAAGAGAAGAAUAAAAUGAGGUUACUGAAAGUGGCUACAUGUAAUCUUAACCAAUGGGCCAUGGAUUUUGAUUGCAAUAUAAAGAACAUAAAGGAAUCCAUUUCUAGGGCGAAAGUGGCAGGAGCUAUGGUCAGGCUCGGCCCUGAGCUUGAAAUCACUGGAUAUGGAUGCGAGGAUCACUUCUUUGAGCUUGACACCAUCUCUAAUGCGUGGGAUUGCUUAAAAGAACUGCUGCUAGGUGAUUGGACCGAUAACAUAUUAUGUAGUUUCGGAAUGCCAGUUGUUAAAGGAUCAGAGCGCUACAACUGUCAAAUAUUGUGUCUUAACAGGAAGAUAUUAAUGAUUCGGCCCAAAAUAUGGCUAGCAAAUGAUGGAAACUAUAGGGAACUUCGAUGGUUUACAGCUUGGAAGCAUAGGGAUGUUGAGGAUUUUCAGCUCCCAAGUGAUGUUUCUGAAGCUCUGACUCAGUCAAUUGUUCCAUUUGGCUAUGGAUAUCUUCAGUUUUCAGACACAGCUGUUGCAGCUGAAGUUUGUGAGGAACUUUUUGUACCUUCACCACCUCAUGCUGAACUUGCACUGAAUGGAGUUGAAGUAUUUAUGAAUGCAAGUGGAAGUCAUCAUCAGCUAAGAAAGCUUGAUCUUCGCAUGCGGGCUUUUGUAAGUGCCACUCACACACGUGGAGGGGUUUACAUGUACAGCAAUCAACAAGGAUGUGAUGGUGGUCGACUUUAUUUUGAUGGAUGUUCUUGUGUUGUUGUGAACGGAGAUAUGGUAGCUCAAGGUUCACAGUUUUCUCUGAAGGAUGUUGAAAUGGUGUUUGCUGAAAUCGAUUUAGAUGCGGUACACUGCAAAUUCUUAGUUGACAAAAUUCUUGGACAGUGCAUUCAAGUAGCGAUAGUGGAAUGAAUGAGAGAAUAUAAAUUUAAACAAAAACUGUGGGGGUGCAAUAGUUGGACUUUAGGAGGGAGUCUCGUGCAAUUAACCUUGAAACUAGAUAUGAUUCUGUUGCUAGUCUUAGGACAUCUACCAGUAGUUUCCAAGAGCAAGCUAGUUCGAAAUCUAAAGUUUCUGCAGUGGUCAUUCCAUACAACCUUUGCAAGUCCUUCAAUCUCCAAAGGUCACUUUCUAGUCCUCUUAAGACUAGGUAUCACUCUCCUGAGGAGGAAAUAGCACUUGGGCCUGCUUGCUGGUUAUGGGACUAUUUAAGAAGAAGUGGCGCGUCUGGUUUUUUACUUCCACUUUCAGGUGGUGCUGAUAGUUCCUCUGUUGCAGCUAUAGUUGGUUCAAUGUGCCAGCUUGUAGUUAAAGAAAUUGCAAAUGGGGAUGAACAGGUCAAGGCUGAUGCUAUGCGAAUUGGCCAGUACACUGAUGGACAGUUCCCAAUAGAUAGCAAAGAAUUUGCUAAGCGUAUAUUUUAUACGGUUUUCAUGGGGUCUGAAAAUAGUUCUGAAGCCACGGCAUCACGGGCAAAGCUUCUGGCAGAUGAAAUUGGAUCAUGGCAUCUAAAUGUUAGCAUAGAUGGUGUUGUUUCUUCUUUGAUCUCUUUGUUCCAUACACUUACAGGGAAGCGUCCACACUACAAGGUAGACGGGGGAUCUAGCAUUGAAAACUUGGGCCUGCAAAAUAUUCAAGCUCGAGUCAGAAUGGUCUUAGCAUUCAUGCUUGCAUCACUCUUGCCAUGGGUUCACAAUAAACUGGGAUUUUAUUUGGUAUUAGGUAGCUCCAAUGUAGAUGAAGCAUUGCGUGGCUAUCUAACAAAGUAUGAUUGCAGUUCAGCUGAUAUAAAUCCAAUUGGAAGUAUUAGCAAGAUGGAUCUUCGAACAUUUCUGAGAUGGGCAGCCAUUCAUCUUGGUUACUCAUCAUUGGUAGAUAUUGAAGCAGCUCCUCCCACUGCUGAAUUGGAGCCUAUACGCUCUAACUAUAGUCAGCUAGAUGAAGUGGACAUGGGAAUGACAUAUGAAGAACUCUCAGUAUAUGGAAGAUUGCGUAAGAUUUUCCGUUGUGGACCUGUAUCAAUGUUUAAGAACCUCUGCUAUAAAUGGGGUACGGUGUUGACUCCAAAGGAGGUGGGCGAUAAAGUGAAGCACUUCUUCAAGUACUAUGCCGUUAACAGACACAAGAUGACUGUGUUAACACCUUCAUAUCAUGCCGAGAGUUACUCGCCAGAGGACAACAGGUUUGAUCUUCGACAGUUUUUAUAUAAUGUGAAAUGGCCUUAUCAGUUCCGGAAAAUCGACGAACUUGUGAAUGAGCUUGAUAGUGACCAAGUUGAAAUCACAAAAACAGUACACGGUAGUGGUGGUAUGGGUGUUGUGGCAGCUGGUGCAGACAACCCAAGCGCAGGGAUUUAAGUUUCUCCUCUCAUCAGUCAUCCCAUUAUUUGUGUUGAUGACUGGUGCGUGGCCUCACCGCUCCUACCAAGGGCCUAGAUGGAUGAGGUAAAUAGCUAGACGGGUGGAAGUUAGCAAUCUCAUUAAUAAUUUAUAUGUGAUGUAAGUUCAGGCGUCUUAUUUAUUAGUAGCUGCUCUCAUCAAUAAAUAGAUCACAGACGUAUCUUAAAGAAUUUUUCUUUGAUUCUGCUUCAUCAUAGUCAUCACCACUUUAUUCCAACUACAUUGUGGAUAGGACGAAAGAUACCAUUUAUACGGAUAGAAUGUUAGAUUGCUGUUAGCCUAAGCAUGCCUUGAUUCAAACUAAUAGUAGUUGUAGUUACCCUUGUAGUGCAGAAAGUUUGAUCAUCUUGAUGGUUGCGCUUGAGCGGGUUCUUAUACUAUAGUAAGAGCACAUUUCUCACUUUACACCCA